AUGUCUCCAUCGUUAGAUAUACCCCAAGCCGGCUUGAGGCUGGAGAGUAAUCCGCCCUCCAACAAGUCUGCCACAAAUAUUACACCUGCUAUUGGCUUGACUUUGAGCAAUGCAAUGAUCGAGGACAUGAUCAAAUGUUAUCAGAAUAACAAACCAAUAGAAUUAUCAUUGGGUGGACAUCCCAAUCUGAUAUAUGGCAACAAAUCUCACAUCCUUUCCACUUACCACGAUCCAUUCCAAUACGAAGUAUUCCAGACUGCGAAUUCCAACGAUAUGGACUCGGACAACUCGAAUACGUCUAAACCGCAGGUACUCAGUGAGCUUACCCUCGCCAACAAGAAGUUAUUGGGGCCAGGUGCGCAACCUCGUUACAAGGCGGACAACAUGAAGACGAGUAAGAAGCCUACUUCGGCAGCUGCAGGCGAGGAUACAGCGUUGGAAAAUUUGAGGGAAUCGAUGGCCACAGCUCAAGCGAAGAAAGAUGGGAAUACUACAAAAAUCAUCAAUCAGAUCCCUGGAAAACGAGGAGCCUCCAAAGUCACAAACAAAUCGAAGUUUCUGGGCAAGGGGCUCGGAAACGAUGCAACCAAAUCGAUGCCAGUCAGUCCCGCCCUUUCUGGUUUGGGAAGUCCAGCUCUAGGUGCGACUAAGUCUCUUUCCCAGCAACAAGCCGAGAAUGCCAAGAGCAGUAGGAAACCUGUAGUACACUUACUGGCCCUCGAACCAAUGUCUGAGAAGGAACUCAAUAAUCGAAUUCCUGGUCCGAAAGACGACCUCAAGCAGGCAAUUGCGAAGGUGGGAGACCUCAACACAUCGACUGGAAAAUGGGAACUCCGCAAAAAUUACUACAAAGAGCUCGACGUAUUCAACUUCAAAUAUGGAAGCGACGCCGAACGUCAGAGAGCAAUUGAUAAUGCGGUUAAAAUUUUCGACAAGAUGAGGUUGGGCUUAUCGGAACCUGAGUGGGAAAAGCUCUUGCCCAAAUCGGAGCGAGGUACCGGAAAGUCCCUUAGUAAGGUACAAGCUUCAAUUACCAAUAGCGCUGCCGCGAAAUUAAAAUCCAGCGAAGAGGAAGACGUAUUUGGCGAUAAAAUGGCUUCAAAGGUGAAGACUGAGACGACAACCAGAUCAGCUUCAGGACCACCAACAACUAAGCCCAAGAAACUUAGCGAAAAAGAAGCUCAGGCCAAAAGAUUACUUUCUAAGAAUCCUCCAAAAACAGCAGCAGCCACUAUGAAGUCGAAGGCCGUGAAGAAGGAAGUUGAAAAGCCAAAAGCAUCAGCGGCAAAGCCUCUAUCUUCCCAAUAUGUUGUCGAAUCCGACGACGAGGAAGUUCCAAUCAAGAAGCCUCAAGUCACCAAGGCCCCAGCCAAGAAAGAAAAUGCCAACAGCAAACGAGGUCGCAACGAAGAAAUGGAUUCUAGCGAUUCGAGCUUACCUUUGAGUAAGAAGGUCAAGAAGGAUACUGCCAAUUCACAUCGAGUCUCAGAUGCUAGUCAAUCAUCUCGUCCAAGCUCCACUUCUACGACUUCUUCUUCGAGUUCCUUCAAAGGCAAAGCAAACUCCCCACAGAAAUCAUCACCUUUGGCUUCCUCGCCACCGACCAAUGCAUCGGAUUUCGGAAAUACAUCUUCUGGUGGUCGAUCAUCUACAUCUACUUCUCCUGCCAACCAUCACACUUUGUCCAACACUCGCAACAAUCGAUCACCUAUUCACAAACGCCACCAAAAGUCAUCCAGUGUUGCCUCAUCAGUCUCAUCCACCGAUAGUACCCGCCGUUUGAGACCUGGUGUAUUGGACUUGGCCGAAAACUACAAGAGGUUUUACCCUAUCUAUCUCAAGCUUCAUAAUGAAUUGGCAACAUCGAAGGUCAAGAAUCCCUUAGAGGAAGAGAAGCUUCUCGCAAUGCAUGAGCGCCUUAGCGACUUGAAGAAACAGAUUUUGGAGGGGAUCAUCGAAGAGUAG